AUGUCUGAUCAGGCUGAUGAUUUUCAACAACAUACAGGAUAUUCGGAAACUAUUGUAGAAGAAGAAUUGUUUCACUUUGAUGAUUCUGAUGAUUUUCAACAUCAUACCCACAGUUCUUCUACCUCCUCCUCCAACAAUAGAUCAAUAGAUAUUGAACCACAAUCUCCAAUGUUAGAAGAAGUUAUUAUUGAUAAUGUAAAACAAGUCGAUGAGAGUGAAGAAUGUAUUUUGGAUGAAAGAAGACCUCAGGCGCUUCAUCUGUUUUCAUCUAGUCCACCUCCAGCACAUAAUAUGAAGAGUCCUACCAAUAAUUCACCAACAGUGAUUGAUCACUCAACUCCAACAACCACUCCAACCAAUGGAAGCGUUCGUUCUCCCACUCAACAAUAUCAAUCACCUUCAAGUGCAACACCAACAAGAAACUCUCCAUCUUCAUCAUCCUCUUCAACAAUAACAACACAAUCAUCAAAUAAUACUCCAAUUAACAAUUUCAAUAGUGGAGUUGCAAUUAUUGGAAGUCCAUCAAAAGGAAUAACAAUGAAUAAUAAUAAUAUCAUGAUGAGUCCAUCCAGCAAGGAGAGUGAUAUUCUCAACUUGACACCAAUUAAUAUCAAGACGCUACCAUCUUCAGUUCAAUCACAAGGAAUCAACUCUACCAGUACUCCAUCAUCCAUGACUCCAGUUCAUGGAACUUCAACUUCGAAUAUUAGUGCAGCUGCCCUUCUUUCAUCCUCUCCUAUUAUGCUCGGAUCAGCCAUGCACCAAAUUAUGGAACAACAACAGCAGCAACAACAACACCAAAGUCCAUCUAACACCUCUCCUCGACUUCACAUCCCAAAGAAGGAGCCACAACCACAAGGUUCUCCAACCACAGCCAAUAAUUCAUCUGUCCAAGCUACACCUGGAUCUCCACAAUCAAAAAGAAAAUUCUCAAACGGAACACCUGUUGGUCUUAUCCCUGUUACCAAUACAAGUGCAACAACAACAAACAAACCAUCAGUAGCUACAGUAUCAAUGAGUAGCAACACUUCAACACCAACUGGAAGUGUAGCUUCCACUCCGACUACAUCAUCAGGAUUCGCCAAUUCGAUCGGUUCGGCAAUUUCAUCCAUUGCUUCUACUUUGUCUGCUUCCUUGUCUGUUAGUAGCACUGUUUCUAAUACUAGUGGCACUGUUUCUAAUUCAUCAUCAGUAUCAUCAAAUGUGGACAAAACUGUUACUUCCCCAACAAGUGUCAGUACUAACCACCAUAAUUUAAGACCAUUGACUGAUUGUUGUGAAACCCACAAAGACCAAAAGUUGAACACUUGGUGUCAUACUUGUGGAGAUGAAUUGAUUUGUGCUAUCUGUGCCAUUUCAAAGCACAAGGGACAUGACUGUGACCUAGUUGAAGAAGUUUAUCAAAAAGAAAAACAAGAGCUUAAAAACCAAAUUUUCCAAAUGCAACAAAACAUUUCAGAAAAAAUGGAAAAAUUAGCUCGUGACAAGGGAACAAUAUCUCACACUUAUGAAGAUGGCGUCAAGUCGAUCAAUGAAAAUUUUGAUAUCUUGGAAAAGAGGUUGGCUCAAAAGAGAAAGGAAUUGACAGAAAAGUGGAAAAUUUGUUGUGAAGAUGAAAUUUGUGAAAAGAUUUUGAACAGUGGAAUGCAACAAUUAUCUCAAAUUAAGUUUUUGACAGACGGUUUUAUGGAAAAUCUUUCCAAGAUGGACUUGGCUGAAUUUAUUCAAUCCAAGACCAAGAAGAGUUUACUCAUUCCUGUACUUGUUCAACAAUUCCAAGAAAAUUUAAGAAAGAUUGAUAGAAGUUACUUGUCUGAUACUUUGGAUGUUUGUGUAAAUUUUGAUUCGAUGAAAGAACUCAUGGAAUCAAUAGACAAACUUGGUGCCAUUGGUCCAAAGAAUGCUCCUUCAUCCAAUGCUAAUAGUAAUGUAUCAUCCUCAAGCUGUACAAGCUCUCCAUCCGUUCACAGUAGUCCAAACACUCCUGUAAUACCUACCCAAGAAAUCAAAUGUAAAAUUGAGGGUAAAUUCGUUUUAGGUUUUGGUGGAAAAGGAACAGAAGACGGUCAAUUUUCCAGCCCAACCGAUAUCGCCAUAGAUCCGAGUGAUAAUAUCAUAAUUUGUGAUAAUGAGAACAAUCGUGUUCAAAUAUUCGACAAGCAAGGAAAGUUUUUGAGAAAGUUCUCAGUCCCUAAACCAUACGGUGUCACUUUUGAUGCCAAGGAGGGUGUAAUCCUUGUUACUAGUGAUGAUCAUUGUGUGUAUGCCUUUGAUAAGUCUGGAACUGAGGUUGGAAAGUUUGGUUCAAAGGGAGCAGAGUAUGGUCAUUUCAGUUAUCCAACUGGUAUUAUUGUUUCAGAGACCAAGUCUCAAAUACCUGGUAAAAUUAUUGUAUGUGACCAUCAUAAUCACAGAAUUCAAAUGUUUGACAAGUAUGGCUCAUUCCUCAAAUCUUUUGGAACUAAUGGUACUAAUCCAGAAAUGGAAGGAGGUUAUUUCUAUGGACCUAACAGUUUGGAUAUUGACAUUGAUGGUAAUUUGGUAAUCACUGAUAGAUACAAUUGUAGAGUCCAAGUUUUUACAUUGGAUGGUACCUUUGUUAGAAAAUUCUCUGUCAAGAAACAAGAAAAUUCUGAAUGUGACCCAACUGGUAUUUGUUGUUUGAAGAAAAAUAUUGGUCUCAAUUUUGCAGCCAUUUGCGAUUAUGCAAACAAUAGAAUUCAAAUUUGGAACUUGAGAGAGGGUGUAAUUAUCAAACAAUUUGGAUGUUAUGGUUCUGAAGAUGGACAAUUCGAUGGACCUAAUGGAGUUUCAAUCACAAGUGAAGGUCAUCUCGUUGUAGUAGAUUAUCACAAUCAUCGUGUACAAAUAUUUAAAUAA